AUGGCUGAACCAGUGGCCAUCGUGAGGAUUUCCUGCCGGCUGCCGGGGGGAGCAAAUGACCUCAAUUCUCUCUGGGAACUUCUUGCCGAUGGAGGUGAAGCGUGGUCCCCGGUUCCGGCCAGUCGCUUCAACGCGGCAGCCUUUCACCAUCCCAAUGCCGACGAUCCCAACGGUACGAACAACCACCGGGGCGGCCACUUCAUCGACGGGGAUAUUCGUGAUUUUGACCAUGCAUUCUUCCACUUGUCAGGACAACAAGCCGCCGCUAUGGACCCGCAGCAACGGAUCUUGCUGGAGUUGGCGUACGAGGCGCUCGGGAGCGCGGGACUGAGUCGUGAAGCGAUUGGUGGCUCCCGAACAGCUGUGUACGCUGCAAUCUUCGGUAUGGAUUAUGAGCGCAAUCUUGCUCAGGACGUACUCGAUCUGCCAGUUUACCAGAGCGUUGGCACCGGUACUGCUAUCCUUGCCAACCGUAUAUCCCACGUCUUCGAUUUGCGAGGUCCGUCUGUAACUCUCGACACAGGGUGCUCAGGCGGCCUGGUCGCCCUGCACCACGCAUGCCGGAGCCUAUGGAAUGGGGAGACGGACGCAGCGCUGGUAGCGUCCGCCAACUUGCAACUGAUGCCGGACCAAUACAUUGGAAUGAACAACCAGCAUAUGGGUUUCGCCGUUGUGGUGUUGAAACGCUUGUGCGAUGCCGUGCGAGGCCGUGACCCUGUCCGCUCCAUAAUCAUCAACACAGGCAUGAACCAGGACGGCCACACCGCCUCCGGCAUCACUCAUCCUAACCGCUCCGCCCAAGCCGACCUCAUACGUGAAACGUAUGCCCGUGCUCGCCUGCGGCCACAGGACGUCCUGUAUGUGGAAGCUCACGGCACCGGAACUGUCGCUGGAGAUAGCGAGGAGCUAGCGGCUAUAGAUGAGGUCACACCGAGAGCACGAGCUGCGGCGUUCGCCGCUGGACGCCUCUCUCACCGCACUGCGCUCUGCGUCUCAUUCCAUAGGGGAUUCAUGGCGGCUACGUCCAAGGCUCGAGGUCUGCCUCCAGGUGCGAUGCUGUCCCUAGGGCUGGGUGAGCAUGACACAGUCCCCUUAAUCAAUGAUCUUUCUCGUGGCCAUGCGGUCGUCGCUUGCGUGAACAGUCCAAACAGCGUGACUGUGUCCGGCGAUGCUGCCGCGGUUGACGAGGUACUUGAGCGCGUCAAGGCCCGUGGAGACGGCAUUUUCUGUCGCAAGUUGCUUGUAGGCACGGCAUACCGCAGACACCAUAUGAAAGCUGUAGCUGCUGACUACAGAGUGAGGUUGGGCGAGCUGGACUUGACCAAGGCAUCUGCCAGAACAAGGAGAAAAGAAGAGGACCACAGCGAUGUCUCGAUGUUUUCUUCGGUCACGGGCCAGGUCUUGUCUUCUCACCUUGGUCCGUCAUACUGGGUCGAAAACCUUGUGUCUCCAGUCAGAUUCUCUGAUGCAGUCCAGACUGCCAUGCGAACACAUUCGAGUCUUGUUGGGGGCCAUACUCUCUUCGUUGAAAUUGGUCCACAUCCGGCAUUGGCCGGGCCCGUUCGCCAAUGUCUUGCUGACACUCAAGUCCCGAAGCUUGAGUAUGAAUAUUUGUCAGUGCUGCGGCGCGGGCUCAACGCCGUCUCAAGUGUAUUGGAGCUCGCCGGCCGCCUCUUUGAGCGUGGGGUCACGGUUAACUUCAGGGAGGUGUUGGCACUGACUUCUGGAGCCGACACGGCUAUCGUGGAACCGGAUCUGCCUACCUACAGCUGGGACCGAUCAGUGAAGCACUGGCACGAAUCACGCCUAAAUCGGGAGUAUCGAAUGCGCAAGGAAGCUUAUCACGACCUGCUCGGUGUGCGGAUGAUCGAGUCGAGCCAGCCUCGCUGGCGACAUGUGGUAGGCCUUACUACGUUGCCGUGGCUUGCGGAUCAUGUUAUUGACAAUUUAACGAUUUUCCCGGGGGCUGGCUAUGUCUGCAUGGCGUCCGAGGCGGUGUUUCAGCUUGCAGCCGAGCAGAAGUCUCCACGAAUACUCAAGGCAUUGGCCUUCCGCGAUAUUGCGUUCCUGAGGGCGCUUGUCGUUCCAGAACCACCACAGCGUGUUGAACUGCAAUUAAGCCUUGAACACCAAUCAGCGGCACCUCUUUUGGAGUUCUCAUUCCGCGUCAUGGCCUUUUUCGAAGACGAAUGGCAUGAGCACUGUACUGGAUACGUCGAAGGCAUUUUGAGUCAAGUAGGAGAACUUGAAGCAGGUGAAUCCGCCGUCAUUCAGCAGUGCUCAACAAAUGGCACGGUUAUGGAUCCCGCAAAACUAUACACCGAUCUUGCCGCGAGUGGCAACACAUACGGGCCUACAUUCCGAGGCAUCCGUUCUCUUAGCAUGGCGGCUGAUGGAACAAGGACGGCGGCGGUAAUCCGAGUCCCCGAUAUUGCGGCAAUCAUGCCGGCGCAACAUCAGGCACGGCAUAUCUUGCACCCAUCGACCUUUGACAGCAUGUUCCACGUAGGGGUUCCGAUGAUACGCCAUAUUCAUGGCGCUGGUUCCGUGAUGCCUGUGCACAUCGGGGAAAUUUUGAUGUCCACCCAGGUACCUGCGCUCAAGGACCCGGGCUCAGAACUCGAUGUGUCGGCUGAAGUCACGUCUAGCCACUUCAGGACUACCAGUAUUGAAAUGGUCGUGACAGAUGGGUACGGGCAUUCGAUCAUGCACGCAUCUGAAAUCGAAUCCCGCAGUCUAGGCGAGCACAUCCGGGAAGCUGACAGCGCGGCUGAUGCACAAGGCACUUGCUACGAGCUAUCCUGGAAGCCCGACCUCGAUUUCCUUCGCAUCGGCGACCUCCCCACGAAGCCGAGCAUAUCUGACCUGGGUUAUGGCACAAUAGAGACAUACGAUCUCACUGAUACUUCACCAACGUUCGUCGAAGAAGCCCGCAAGAAUGCCGAUGGAAGGUCGCUUCGCUUUCAAGUUCUGGACGAACAGGGAAGCCUUGAGGCUCAAGGCUUCACACCCCACGCAUACGACGUCGUCCUGGCUUCGGAUCCCCGAUCCAUCGCCCACACGCCUACUCUACUUCGGAACACCGGGCUGCUGGUUCUCGUGCUAAAGUCGGAAACGGAUUUUGAUGAGGCAUGGCAUACCAGACUCCGGCAAACCUGUCGUGAUUUCGAGAUCCAGCUAUCUUUCAAGGAUGCGGCCCUCGAUGCUUUUGUGGUUGUUGUACGAGAUCUCAACACAGGCACUGCGCAGUCUAACGUCAGACUCGUCACCCACUCGGCGAUUGAGGAAGCGCCCUGUUGGAUAAUCCAACUUCAGGGCCGAUUGUCUGCAAACGGAGUCCGCGUCACCCGUGAAACUAUGAGCCAAUUCUCGGCUGAGUCUGAAUCUGGAGUUGGUACGUGCACCGUGAUCGUCGACGACCUGCCAUUUCCGAUUCUUUCAGACCCAGACUGCUUUGAAGACUCCAUUUGUUUGCUUCGAGAGAAGCACGAGAUUCUAUGGGUGAGCUUGGAUAAUCCGCCUUCGAUGUACUAG